AUGACGCGGGUGCUCAAAGAGGCUAUUCAAGCGACGAGGGCUCUCAACAUUGCCUAUCUAUGGAUAGAUGCACUCUGCAUCAUCCAGGGCGACGCAGAAGAUUGGGAAAGAGAGUCUAAGAUGAUGGGAAAGAUAUACAGUGAGGCGUACUACUUUUCAACCAGCAACUGGGCUCGGCGCGGCUGGACCUACCAGGAAUACGCCCUGUCCAAGCGAAUUGUUGUCUUCAGCAACAAUGCUAUCCACUUCAUCUGCCCAAGUGGAUCCGAGACAUUCGGCCACUCAAGUGAUAACGACGAAGAAGACGGCGUGGACUUUUUCCAGGUGGACCACUUGGACUCUAGCUGGACAUCAGAGAUGGCCUACAACGAGUGGUGCAAUGUAGCGGCGGACUUUUCUCGCAGACUUCUCACAUAUAAAGGGGACCGAUUCCCGGCCAUCUCUGGUCUCGCUGGAUAUUUCGGCAAUCUCCUUGGAGACGAGUAUCUCGCAGGCCUGUGGAAGAAAGACCUUUGGCGUGGCCUAUACUGGGGUGUCGGUGUGAACGUUGCCCCCAGCUGGACUGCACUGCUAGAGCAGUUG